AAUGAAUAAAGGUAAAGUUAAGCAUUGUCUCGUCAUUCUUACAUUUGAUGACUGUGUAGGCCUUUCUAGCUCUCUUACUCUCAUACUAACCAACCCAGUUUUCUGUGAUUUGACACUGGCACCCAGAAAAUAUACAGUUGUGUUAGCUCUAGUUGUAGGUAAUGACUGUCAGAGAAGACCAGAGCUAGACAACAGUUAAAGCAGUAAACACAGAUUUAUGCAGAACUUUUGCAGUAGGGGAAGAGAGACCUAAGUAUAGAACCAGAGUUAAUCUGAAUAUACCAUGGGCAAGUGGGAAUUUAUAGCUGAGAAGCAGGGUGGGGUUUGGUGGAUAGAAAAUUACUCAGACGAAGCAUCAGGAAUAAGUGGGGAUUCUCCCUAACCUGACCCCACUAGGCUUCUUGCUGAAGGCAGGUGAAUGUGAUCAGACAUCAUCUGGAGGCUGGAGAAUGAUGAGGAACUCGAUCAGGUAUCGAGGGUGAUAAGAUUUGGAGGAUGGGGAAAUUCUGUUUAACCUGACUUAGCAGGAUUCUUGCUAAACCUGGACAAUGCAGAGAUGAAUACAGAAGUCCAGAAGUGAGGCCUAGUUGAAAAAAGUUCAGGGGAGCCUGAGUAGAGUCUGGUGCAAGAGAGGAUCUUUGUCAUAACUCAGCCCAGGGUCUUAGGCCAAUGGCUCUUUCUCAUCCUUUUUAAUAUUAUUUUUAACUUUUUGUUGUUGUUUCCAUUGUAAUCACUUAACGUUUUCUUUUAAGCUGUGUUUUCAUCAUACAUUGAAGGCAGAUGAUAAGUCAUAUGAAGUUUUAAAUGGGAAAUAAAUAUACUUCAUAGUCUGGCCUAAGUCUUUUCAGGUUGGGACACUUUGAGGCAUCUUAGGAGUGUCACUUAAUAAAAUUAAAAUAACUUGAAGUUAUUUUGUAAGAUGGAUUUUGUCAAGAGAAUGAUGUAUAUAUCUUAAACUUUUGUUGUGAUUUCACAGAUGAACUCACUAGGAAAAAUUUUGUCUUGUUGAAAACAUUGCUUGUCAAAAUGUCUGUGAUCUCUGAUAACCAGCAGGGAGUAUUGUUGCCUGGUAGAAAUUAGACCUCCAUGUGUUAACUACACAGUCUCUCAUUUUCUUGUUUACGAUGUUUAUGCCCUUAUUACCUUUCCUUUAUUAUGUUCUUGAGGGGAUAGUGAAGUUUCUGCUGGUGAGCAGUGUUUAUUUCUAAAAUCAAUGCUGAGGUAGUUUCCCUUGUACCUUGCUGAAGUACUGGCAGAUUGUGCUGGAAGUCUGAUGAGCAGGGGGAGUGAAUUGUGGUUACAGGUAUAGAUGAUUGUGCUGUAACUCCUCAGAUGUUUAUUUGAACAGAUCAUCCCUAUCAAGUAGUUAAGUACCCAUACUCUAGGAUCACAUGGUCUUCCUUGCCUGGUUUUCCCUUAUCACUUCUGCAACCUUGGACAAGUCCUUGGACAGUUCUCUCUGUCUCAGUUUUAUCUUUGGUAACAGGGUUUUUGUGAAGAUGAAGUGAGAUGACAUAUGUAUAACAAUUAGAACAGCAGCUUGCAUGAGGGGCAUAAGGAAAUGGUGGCAGGCACUUCCUCCUAACAAGAAGGAACUAUUUAAAGAAAGUUUACGGAAGAAUAAAUGGAAGUUAUUCCUUUGUUUCAGUAGUUUUGGAUUGCUCUUUGUAGUGUUUUAUUUUACUCACCUGGAAGUGAGUCCUAUCACAGGAAGGAAUAAGCUACUAUUAUUGGGGAAAGAACAUUUCAAACUUUUAUCCGAACUGGAAUAUGAAGCAUGGAUGGAAGAGUUUAAAAAUGAUAUGCUAACUGAGAAGGAUGCCCGAUACCUAAUGGUUAAAGAAGUGGUUUAUCAUUUGAUUGAGUGCAAUAAAGAUAUUCCAGGGAUCUCUGAGAUCAGUUGGACUAUUCAUGUGGUUGAUUCCCCAGAUAUAAAUGCCUUUGUGCUUCCAAAUGGACAAGUGUUUAUCUUCACUGGGCUUUUAAAUAGUGUAACUGAUAUUCAUCAACUUUCCUUUCUUCUGGGCCAUGAAAUAGCACAUGCAGUACUUGGGCAUGCUGCAGAAAAGGCUAGCUUGGUUCACUUACUGGAUUUCCUAGGUAUGAUUUUUCUCACAAUGAUUUGGGCUGUUUGUCCUCGAGAUAGUUUUGCACUCUUGGGCCAGUGGAUACAGUCUAAACUGCAGGAGUAUAUGUUUGAUAGACCAUACAGUAGAACUUUGGAGGCUGAAGCUGACAAAAUUGGACUACAGCUUGCUGCAAAGGCUUGUGUGGACGUCAGAGCCGGUUCAGUGUUUUGGCAGCAGAUGGAAUUUGCAGAUAGCCUCCAGGGUCGUCCCAAGUUGCCAGAAUGGUUAUCCACACACCCUUCUCAUGGAAAUCGAGCUGAGCACUUGGAUAGACUCAUACCUCAGGCCCUUAAAAUUAGAGAGAUAUGUAAUUGCCCACCACUUUCUGGACCAGACCCUCGAUUACUGUUCAAACUCAGCAUGAAGCAUUUUCUUGAAGAAUCGGAAAAAGAAGACCUAAAUAUCACUGCUAAGAAACAGAAAAUGGAUACUCCUACCAUUCAAAAUCAGAAGCAAAUACCCUUAACAUAUAUAGUUGAGAAAAGAACUGGCAGUUGAAUUAAAAUUUAUGAGACAUGGGAUAUAUGAAGAAUGCAGCAAUUCUUACCAUUUUUAUGUUCCUUUUAAAAAAAUGAUGUUUGAAAUACAAAAAUUGUAUAUUCAGGGUCAAAUCAUGUAUAUUACAGGUAUUACCUAACUUCUUCUCCUAGGUAUUUUCAUGAAAUAUUGAUGUGUUUUAAUCUAUUUUAAAAUAUCUUCAAUGAAGAAAAUGUCACAGAAUAAAUUUGUAUUAUGUUUUA